AUGGACUCCACUCCUGGCUCAGUGCUUGUGAUCUUCCUACUGGUCGUGGGAACAGAUGGAGAUUCCGUUGACCAGACGGGAGGCCUCGUGUCCCUCAUUGAAGGGGCAGUUCUUACUCUGAACUGCACUUAUGAAAGCAGCGCAUACCCUGUUCUUUUCUGGUACAUCCAGUAUCCCAGGGAAGCUCCUCAGCUGCUUCUAAGAGACACAGCGGAAAAAGAUAGGAACAGUUUUUAUGCUGAACACGAUAAGAACGCCAAGUCUUUUCACCUGAGGAAACACGCCAUUGUCCUGGGAGACUCGGCCCUGUACUAUUGUGCUCUGAGUGACACAGUGACAAGGGCUACAGAGAAAGCUGCACACAAACUCACGACAGGCCCAGCAGCGAUUUGGAAUCUGGGUAGAGCUGGAAGGGUGAAUGGCCAGAUGAAACUGGAGCAGAGUCCUCCAUACCUGCGCAUUCAAGAGGGAGAGAGCCUCACUCUGCACUGCAAAUCUUCCAGCACUCUCUCCAUCUUACUGUGGUACCGACAGGACCCUCAGAAAGGCCCUCAGGCCCUGGUGACUCUAGUUAAACCCAAUGAAGUGAAGCACCAGGGGAGAUUAACUGCCCGGUUUGAUGAGAAAAGGCAGAACAGCUCUCUGCUCAUCAGGAACUCCCAGCCCAGAGACUCAGCCACCUACCUCUGGGUUAGGGGUCUGGACAAGGUGGAGCAGAUACCUCCGUCGCUGAGCAUCCAGGAGGGAGAGAAUGGCACCAUGAACUGCAGCUUCACAAACAGUGCUUUUGAGACCUUACAGUGGUACCGGCAGGACCCAGGGAAAGGCCCUACCUUCCUGUUUUUAAUCCGUUCAAACGAGAAGAGAAAACCCAAUGGAAGAUUCACAGCCACACUCGAGAAAGAUGACAAACGCAGCUCCCUUUUCAUCAGGGACUCCCAGCCCGGAGACUCAGCCACCUACCUCUGUGCUGUGGGGCCACAGUGA